AUGUUAUCACUUCAAAAAGCCGUUUAUAAUAACUUCGUUAGUUUUGCCACAUCUGAUGAGGAUCUUAGAUUGAAAGAGGCAAAAAAGGCUGUAACAAGAUCAUUCGAAGAUCCUGCUGAUCAGGAAACAUUCGAUAGGAUGCAGAUUGUCUUUUUGCAAUGUGA